AAGAACAAGAAGAACAGGUCCAACAUCCUCUGCCUUUUAAUGCUUCUGAGAAACCAAAGAAACUGACUCUCUCUCACACACACAUUGCAUCCCUAGUUCUGUCUCUACUGUGUGUUUGUGUGUGUGUGUGUAUAUAUACAUAUAUAUAUAUGUAUGUAUACAUAGUGUGGCAAUCAAGAAGGUUAUAGGUCUGAUUUUUUGGUGAUAAAAAAGAUGGAUAUGGUGUAUUACCCACAUGGGAGAUGCUCUUAUGAGGAAUCUUUGAAGGUUCUUGAGGCUGAUAUACAACAUGCCAAUGCUUUGGCAGCUGCAAUUCCUAGAGCUAAAGAUGGUGCAAGAUUUCAAAUGAAACUAGUUUACAAUGAAUUGGCACCUCUUGUUAUGUUCUUGCUGCAAUGGAUUGAUUCCUCUUGCACUUGCCUCUUGCCUAGAUACUUGAAUCCCGUUCAUGUUCGUGUUUAUAAGGUGUUUGCGGAUGGAAGACCGAAAAUUUCUAGACAUGGAAGGAAGGCAACGAUAAACGACUUUUAUGCUGUCAUACUGCCAUCUCUAAGAAGGCUACACUGCGAUUUGGUGGAGCUGGAUUAUCCGUCCGGUGGUGGUUCUAAAGGAGCGAACUCGAGGACGGAGAUAUCUGACCAAAAGAAACCUGAAACCGAAAUUUGUUUCACAAAUCUUGACGUGGAAAGAGAAAACGAAUGCGGGAUUUGCUUGGAACCUUGUACGAAGAUCGUCUUGCCGAACUGUUGCCAUGCGAUGUGCAUCAACUGCUAUCGAGACUGGAACACAAGAUCUGCAUCUUGUCCAUUUUGUCGAGGUAACUUAAAGCGAGUAAAAUCACGGGAUUUGUGGGUUUUAACGUGCGACGAUGAAGUGAUGGAUGCCGAUCUCGUUGCUGAUGAGGAUUUGGUGCGGUUCUACCUCUACGUUAAUAAUCUACCGAAAGAUCACCCAGAUGCCGUUUUCUUUAUGUACUAUGAAUAUCUAAUGUAACGUAAAGGUUAAUGUACAAGAGACAAGAAACAUACCGAUCGAUUAAAAUGUAUAUAGAGUUAUAGGGAAAUUUCGGUUUAUUGUCACGU